UUUAGAUUAUAGGUGAAUAUUUUCGCUAAAUGCUUGGGCGAAUAUUGUAUUAAACGUGUCAUAAGUGGUUAAAGUAUGCAUUAAAGCAACUGUACCUUGAACUAAAUUUUAACAUUGAAACAUUUGGAACAUUUACAAGGAUUUGAAAAACAAUCUGUUUUACCCAUUAAUUAGACAUGUCCCUAACUCCGGAACAGUGCGAGGAUUUCUGGCGUAUAGCUGAUAGAAACGGGGAUGGUGUUUUGUCAAUACAGGAACUAGCAGCCGCCGCCAGAAAAUAUCGGCCUGGGAUCUCCGACAAAGACUGUACAUGCAUGUUUUGUGGUAUAGACAAGAAUGGAGAUGGUUCAAUUACCAAGCAGGAAUUUCUGGCCGAGAUGAGGGACAAGCCAAAACGCUCAGAAACACUCCUUCAACUGUUUAAAAAGUAUGAUAAAGAUGGGAGCGGCACCCUGACCAAGAACGAAGUUAGCCAACUGAUACGAGAAUGUUUCAAGCAAAACAAGAAACCAGAUGAAAUUGUUGAAACCUUCAUGCAAUAUUCCGACACGAGCGGAGACGGCGUCAUUUCAUGGGAAGAGUUCAAAGAUUUCUUUGGAUAGAUAUUACUUACUAUUCUCAUGUUGCCGUUUAUCUUUUAUAUAUCCAGUCACCGCUGUAUGUCCUGUAAUUAUUAUUUUAUCAUUUAUAAAGGCACGGCACAUAAUGUUCGGCUUCGGAUUCAUUAACAUAACAGAAUUCCAUAUUCACAUAGAUUUUAUAAAACACAUGAACAAUUCUCUGUUGUUUGUUCUUAACAAUUCAUGUAAAAUAAAUAAAAGCUAUUUUUACAAAUGUGAGAUCAGCAACAAUGUUUAAUGCAUGAACAAAAUCUGACUGAAUCAUCACUUCCAUCCCCAGUGCCCAAUUCUUCAUUAGCUGAUCAGACACAGAAUAACAAUGAUUUGUUUAAUGUUGACAGGAAUUUAUAAUUGUAUUAUGUCCUUAUUUUUUUGUAACCGCACAUAUAAAUUACAUAGAACAUAUUAUAAUAAUGAUUUGUUGGAUAUUGAAAGACAGUGUAUUAAUUGAACAUGUUUCAAUUGUAACUGUAAAUACAAUGCUGUUCCGUUCGCAUAGUUUAAAUAUAAUAAAUAUUUGUAUUAAAUAA